GUGUCCGGCGCGUCGGCGUUGGAGCCGGGAAGGGGGGCGGGGGAGCGAUGGUCGCAAGAUGGCGGCGCUGAAGGAGGCUCGGAGCUACGGGCUGUCGUGCGGGCGGGUGAGCGAGGGCAGCAAGGUGUCCGUGUUCCACGUGAAGCUCACAGACAGUGCCCUGAAGGCCUUCGAGAGCUACCGCGCUGGCCAGGAUUCUGUGUCAUUGAGACCGACGAUCCGAUUUCAAGGAAGCCAAGGGCACAUCUGCAUCCCCCAGCCCGACUGUCCUGACGAGGUCCGGACCUUUGCCUUCUACCUCUCCAACAUCGGCCGUGAUAGCCCGCAGGGCAGCUUUGACUGCAUCCAGCAGUAUGUGUCCAGCCGUGGCGACAUCCACCUGGACUGCCUGGGCAGCAUCCAGGAUAAGGUCACCGUGUGUGCCACCGAUGACUCCUACCAGAAGGCCCGGGAGAGCAUGGCUCAGGCGGAGGAAGAGACGCGGAGCCGUGGUGCCAUUGUCAUCAAGCCUGGAGGCCGCUACCUGGGCAAGAAAGUCCAGUUCCGCAAACCAGCCCCAGGGGCAACGGACCCCGUCCCCUCCCGGAAGCGGGCGACCCCCAUCAACCUGGCCAGUGCCAUCCGGAAGGGCAGCGCAAGUGGAGCUGGGCUGGGCGCGGUGGCCCAGCGGCCCUUCCGGGACCGGGUGCUGCACCUGCUGGCGCUGAGGCCCUACCGCAAGGCAGAACUGCUGCUGCGGCUGCAGAAGGACGGGCUGGCACAGGCAGACAAGGACAUGCUGGAUGGGCUGCUGCAGCAGGUGGCCAAUGUGAACAUCAAGGAUGGGACUUACACACUGCGGGACUGCAUGUACAAGGACGUGCAGAAAGACUGGCCUGGCUACUCAGAGGGCGACCAGCAGCUGCUAAAGCGUGUGCUCGUGCGGAAGCUGUGCCAGCCACCGAACACUGAGCCUGCCGCCUGCAGCCCUCUCGCUGAGCACGGGCGCCCUGCCUCACCCGCCCAGAAGCGGCCACAGCCUUCCGACGUCAUCGACCCCCUGCUCCACAAGAAGCCCAGGGUCUCACGCUUCACGCAGAGAGCCCAGCCUGCCCUCAAUGGGAAGCUGAGCACACCCAAUGACCGAGAGGCUCUGCUACCCACACCCAGGCCACCCGCUGCCCCUAUGCCCCCACGGCUGGAUCUCCCACGCGCCCAUGACCUCUUGGCUGGUGUCAGCAAUGACCUGGGCCACAGCGGUCAGGACUGCACACGCGGGGAGACGGCUGCCCUGGCACCCGCCGUGCCCCUCGGCCUCCCCACGCUGACGGACUGUGCCCAGCCUGGUGGGCCCUGUGGCACCCCUGUGCGCAGCAAGCCUAAGAAGAAAUCCAAGAAGCACAGAGACAAGGAGCGGGUGGCAGAGGACAGGCCCCAUGAAUCAACACCCCGCCCAGAGCCCGGUGCCCAUGGAGAGCCCCCCAGUGCCCCGGGCCUGAACGGAGCCUGUAGCGCUGGUGCCAGUGUGCCCACGUCCACAUCGGAGACGCCCGACUACCUGCUCAAGUACGUGGCCAUCUCCUCCUCGGAGCAACGCCAGCGCUACAAGAACGACUUCAAUGCCGAGUAUAGCGAGUACCGCGACCUCCACGCGCGCAUUGAGCAGAUCACGCGGCGCUUCACACAGCUGGAUGCGCAGCUGCGGCAGCUGGCACAGGGCUCUGAGGAGUAUGAGAGUACCCGGGGGCAGAUCCUGCAGGAGUAUCGGAAGAUCAGAAAGACCAACACCAAUUACAGCCAGGAGAAGCAGCGCUGCGAGUACCUGCACAGCAAGCUGGCGCACAUCAAGCGGCUCAUCGCUGAGUAUGACCAGCGGCAGCUGCAGGCCUGGCCCUAGCGCCGCGCAGGAGCUGGGCGCCUCGAGGCGGCAGAUCGGGCGGGCCGGGCCUGUUCAGAACAAUAAACGCGGACCCUCGCCUCGGAGCCGCCGGGCCCAGCCGCCUUCGCGCUGCCGAGACUCUGGGGCCAGCCGCUGCCUUUUCUAGUUUUGUAUGAGCUACCGCUGAAGAGACUCGUCUAUUUUUAUACAAGAGAAAGCAGCUUUUCUAACCCUGUGCCUCCUUCUCCCUGGACGCCCAGGUCGGGGUGCCACCCGCGUCCUUAUGCAGUAUUAGAUAUGUCACCCGCAGGCCUCCGCUGUCGCGCCCCGCGAGUGUGACUGGACGGGGCCUCAGUUUCUCCUCCGCAGCUGCUCGUGCCCCUUCCAGGGGCCACAGCCCCCACGCCGCUGGUCUCUCCGUCCCUCUGUCCACUUGUGGGUCCCAGGAUCGCUUCAGCUGAGCCGCCGCUGGGUUUGCACUCAGGGAGGGGCUGGGAGCCCUGCGGACGCCCCAGUUGCUGCUUUGUCACUGUGCCUAGUCUCCAGGGUCGCCGACACCGCGGGGCAUCGUGUGCGUGUGUGCGCGCAUGCGCGCGUGCGCCCACGUGGGGCCCCUGACCGCGCAGGGCUGUCUGUGGCUCCAGCCCGCGGGGCUGCUGGCGCCUGCGCCGUGGGGCGCCGCCGGCCUCUUCCCUGCGGGAGCCUGGCGCGGAAGCCCAUCCUGGCGUUUCAAUGGCUGUUUUGUUUCCACGGGGCGGGGCGGCUGGCCGAGGAGAGCGCUGUGCGCUGGCCCGGGAGGCGCUUAUUUAAGCCCCCCAGUAAGCCGUCCUUCGCCCACCCCCACCCCCGCGGUCUCUUGUCCCUGGAGGGACGGGCGACUACGUCAAGGAAGGGCUCUGCCUUGGGGCCGGGCAGCGCUCAUUCCUCUCAUUAAAUACGGUCUAACUUAUUGAUGCUGUUUUAUUUUCCUUUUAACGUACUGUGGAGAAACUACUUUGAGCCAUGGACUAGGUGUUUACAAAGAAUUUUUCACUUUUGCCAAAUGUUACAAUUGGAAGGUAUCUACAUCUGCAGUUUCCUAAUAUUUUCUUAAGAGACCCACGGUCCUUUUUGUACACUAAGCAGGUGAAUGCUGAUUUUUCAUCCAACAAUAAAUUUCACUGAACGAA